AUGCCCGGCGGGGCCAAGGAGCCGGGGGCGGGGGGCUCGGGGGGCUCGGGGGGCUCGGGACCCCCCCCGGCCUGCCCACCGCCAGCCCAGUACGUGGGGCCCUACAGGCUGGAGAAGACGCUGGGCAAAGGACAGACCGGACUGGUCAAGCUGGGAAUCCACUGUAUCACUGGGCAGAAGGUCGCCAUCAAGAUUGUGAACCGGGAGAAGCUGUCAGAGUCGGUGUUGAUGAAGGUGGAGCGCGAAAUCGCCAUCCUCAAACUCAUAGAGCAUCCACACGUCCUCAAGCUGCACGACGUCUACGAGAACAAGAAAUAUUUGUACCUGGUUCUGGAGCACGUGUCCGGUGGGGAAUUGUUUGACUACCUGGUCAAGAAGGGCCGCCUGACACCGAAGGAGGCCAGAAAAUUCUUCCGGCAGAUCGUAUCCGCCCUGGACUUCUGCCACAGCUACUCCAUCUGCCACAGGGACCUGAAGCCGGAGAACCUGCUCCUGGACGAGAAGAACAACAUCCGGAUAGCGGACUUCGGCAUGGCCUCCCUGCAGGUGGGGGACAGCCUGCUCGAGACCAGCUGCGGGUCGCCCCACUAUGCGUGUCCAGAAGUGAUCAAGGGCGAGAAGUAUGACGGGCGGAGAGCUGACAUGUGGAGCUGUGGGGUCAUUCUCUUCGCUCUGCUUGUGGGCGCCCUUCCCUUCGACGAUGACAACCUGAGGCAGCUGCUGGAGAAGGUGAAGCGAGGGGUCUUCCACAUGCCCCACUUCAUCCCACCGGACUGCCAGAGUCUUUUGCGGGGGAUGAUCGAGGUGGAACCAGAGAAGCGCCUCAGUCUGGAGCAGAUUCAGAAGCAUCCGUGGUACCUGGGUGGCCGGGCCGAGCCGGAGCCAGAGCCCGCGGUGGGCCGCCGCGUGGCCAUCCGCUCGCUGCCCUCGGGAGCCGAUCUGGACCCAGACGUGUUGGAGUCGAUGCAUUCGCUCGGCUGUUUCCGGGAUCGGGAGCGGCUGCAUCGGGAGCUGCAGAAUGAUGAGGAGAACCAGGAGAAAAUGAUCUACUAUUUGCUGCUGGACCGGAAAGAGCGCUACCCCAGCUGUGAGGAUGAGGACCUCCCGCCGCGCAACGACGCUGACCCUCCCCGAAAGCGGGUGGACUCACCCCUGCUGAACCGGCACGGGAAGCGGAGGCCGGAGCGCAAGUCCCUGGAGGUGCUGAGCGUGACGGACGGGGGCGGGUCCCCGGGGCCCAUACGCAGGGCCAUCGACGUGGCGCAGCAUGGACAGAGGUCCCGCAGCGUGAGCGGAGCCUCCACGGGCUUGUCGUCCAGCCCCCUCAGCAGCCCCCGGAGUCCCGUCUUCUCCUUCUCCCCGGAGCCUGGGGGCAGUGAGGAAGGCCGAGGCGGGGUCCCUCCGAGCCCGAAGACCCAGACGCUGCCAUCCCGGGGCCCCCGGGGUGGGGGCUGUCCCGUCGACCUGCCCCCUCCCCACAGCGCCCGCUCCACCCCGCUGCCUGGCCCGCCGGGCUCUCCCCGGGGAGGCAGCCCCGCGCCCGCCGCGCCCGCCACCCCUCACCACUCUCCCCGAGCCAGCCCCCUCCCCACCCCACUUCACACUCCCCGGGCCAGCCCCACGGGGACCCCCGGCCCCACCCCACCCCCCAGCCCCGGCGGCGGAGUCGGAGGGGCCGCCUGGAGAAGCCGCCUCAACUCCAUCCGGAACAGCUUCCUGGGCUCCCCCCGCUUCCACCGACGCAAGCUGCAGGUCCCCACCCCUGAAGAGAUGUCCAGUUUGACACCGGAGUCGUCGCCAGAGUUGGCAAAACGCUCCUGGUUCGGGAACUUCAUCUCCCUGGACAAGGAAGAGCAGAUCUUCCUGGUGCUGAAGGACAAACCACUCAACAGCAUUAAAGCGGACAUUGUCCACGCCUUCCUGUCGAUCCCCAGCCUGAGUCACAGCGUCUUGUCCCAGACCAGCUUCCGGGCAGAAUACAAGGCCUCGGGGGGCCCCUCGGUAUUCCAGAAACCCGUCCGCUUCCAGGUGGACAUCAGCUAUUCCGAAGGGGCCGAGGCCCACAGGGACAACGGCAUCUACUCCGUCACCUUUACCCUCAUCUCUGGCCCCAGCCGGCGUUUCAAGCGUGUGGUGGAGACGAUCCAGGCUCAGCUGCUGAGUACCCAUGACCAGCCCUCUGUGCAGGCCCUGGCAGAUGAGAAGAACGGAGGUCAGCAGCCCCGGCCGCCGGGCCCCCCGAGUCGAGGCGCGCAGCCCCAGCCCAGCCGGCCCGACGUGGAGCUGGGAGGGUCCCCACGCCGGGGCCCCCCCAGGGACAAGAAGCUGCUGGCGUCCAAUGGGAGCCCCCAACCCUGACAUCGCGGCCCCCCCCGCCGGACUGCACACCCUCACCCUCCUCCCCGACGAGCAGGGUGGGGAGGGGGGUGGGACCCCACAGAGACGGGGGGCCUCAGGGAGGCUCCGGGCCUUUCCUCACCCCUUCCCCCCCCCAGCCGGCCUCGGGGGCUCCCCCCACACACACGACUGUGAAGCUGUAAAUAUCUCCGCGGAGGAGGGACCCAGGCGUGCUGGGCACCUCGCGGAUGCUCCCCCCACUGAGGUGGGGGCAGGGGGGGCAACACAAAGGGGAACGGGAUGAGCGGAUUUUUAUUUAUUUUAUUUGAUAUUUAUUUAUUUAUUU